CUUCUCCCUUUCCUCCACACUCACUCAACGAGCUCACUAAACCUAUACAUACAUUUUGAAUUUCUGUAUCGACGCACUUCGCUUGAUGAUCGAUCUGCUCAAUUCGAGAGGCUAACGCUGCUCUACAAAGCUCUGUAGCUGCAGUAGCGAGCUUGGUCCUCCGAUUUUCUGUCAAUCAUGAAGGCAUGCUAAUUUGGUUCCAGAGACUCUUAUUCAAUGAAGCAUGCAGUCAUGAAUGACGAGAAUAGGUCAUCCAAUCUUGGGGAGCCUACUGCAAGAGUCACAAGAGCACGAGCGAAAUUAUUAGGCUCAUCAAGUGGAUUGCCACCACUAUAUCCUAGAGCAAAACAAGAUGACAAACGGGUCUCACGAGCAAGCUUGAAAAGAGCUGCACCUGACAAACAAGCAGAGAGUUUGGCCGCUUGUCGCCCGCACAAGAAAAGGGCUGUUCUUAAGGAUGUAACAAAUGUCAACUGUGGAAAAUUGUACAUAAACUGCAUUAAUGCAGCGAAAGGUCAGCCUAUCAGGCAGGACGGAAAAGGAUCUUUACAGAAGAAGGGAAAGGUGGAACCUGCUUGUUUGGCUAAAGAAUCCGAGGGUGUGGAAGUUAAAGUUGAAAACAUUGUGGAUGAGAUACACGAGGUUAAGGCGGAGGGAUCCCAGGAUAUUUUUCCUGCUGUAGACUUGCCAACUGAACCAACUGAAAUUACAAAUGAAGAAGUGUCAGCUGCAGCAGAUUUGGUUCCUCUGAAGUUAGACAUCAAAAUUUUUCCAUUACGGGGUCCAUCUGAUAGAGGUGUAGGUGCGCUUUGCAUAAAAGAGGAGAGCUUGGAAGAAAGGGGAGUUAUUGAUAUAGAUUCAAGACACAGGGAUCCGCAGAUGUGUAGCCUCUAUGCAGCUGAUAUAUAUACUAGUUUAUUUGCAAGACAGGUUGAUCGAAAGCCUUCACCAGAUUACAUGGAAAAGUUGCAGCUGGACAUCACCAAGGGCAUGCGGGGUAUUUUGAUUGAUUGGCUUGUUGAGGUUUCGGAAGAAUAUGCGCUGGUUCCUGAUACUCUCUACCUCACUGUAAAUCUUAUAGAUAGAUACCUGUCUGAGAAUUAUAUUGAGAAGCAAAAGUUGCAACUUCUUGGUGUAACAUGCAUGCUAAUUUCAUCGAAGUACGAAGAAAUUUGUGCCCCUCGCGUGGAUGAAUUUUGCUUUAUCACCGACAACACGUACAAAAAGGAAGAGGUAGUGAAAAUGGAAAGCCGUGUUCUGAACCUCUUGAGAUUCCAAAUAUCCGUGCCCACUCCCAAGAAGUUCCUCAGGAGGUUUAUUCAAGCAGCACAAGCUUCUUAUAAGGUUCCUUCUGUAGAGCUGGAAUUCCUGGCAAAUUACUUAGCAGAACUAACUCUCAUCGAGUACGGUUUCCUCAAAUACCUUCCAUCCCUAACCGCCGCCUCUGCCAUAUUCCUAGCUAGAUGGACUCUUGACCAGUCGGAAAAUCCAUGGAACCCGACUCUGGAGCACUACACGAGGCACAAGGCAUCAGAGCUGAAAAACACAGUUCUAGAAUUGCAAGACUUGCAGCUAAACACAAAAGGAAGCAUGCUCAACUCCAUCCGUGACAAGUACAAGCAACCUAAGUUCAAAUGCGUCUCUACUCUGCGGUCACCAAAAUCUGUUGAGUCGCUAUUCUAAACAUAACAGCCUCGUCUACUGAUAAUAUUUACUGCAACCAGCUGACUUGGUGAAGACCAGCCACCCCCGGCAGAUAAGUGGACACUAAUGGACGCCGUCCCCAUUCUUUACUUGUACAUCUUGCAGCAUCUGUUAAUCCCACCCAUUGAUUUUGUAAACCAAUCAACUCUGGUGCUUCCAGAAAGGCUUUUGUAACGGCAUGAAUGUAAUGUGGAGCUACUACUAUUUUAUAAAAGCACAUAAUGUUUCUCA